AUGACCUCCCUACAAACUUUGCAGCAUCAAGGCUGCGCCGAUUUCUUCUCGGCCCUGGCCCCUAAACUAAGAAUCGAGAUACUCGACCGAACCCCCCUCCAGGACUUGCGACAUCUUAUCUCCGCCUCACCUGCUCUACUAUCCGUCUUCCAAAGACACCGGUCCUCUCUUUUGGGGCAUCAUGUGCAAGACCUGCUCAAGUUCUAUGUUGACAAAUCUCUUCUGCCUUUUGCUGCAAUCACAAUGGACCUCCGCGCUAUUCGCGCCGAAUACAAGGACUUGACAGUCUCAGAACUGGAAGAAAAGCUCAAACCUGCACUGGACUCCGUCAUAUCACAGGAAUAUCCCAAGCAACCCACUGAAAACUACCCGGCCCUCGCAGUUCUAGAAAUGGCUCAGAAUCUAGUACCGGAGCUUUGUCGUGCCUUUGACACCUGUCAGGAGAAUUUUGUCAGCAAGCGUUUGCUGAAAGACGUCCCGUGGCAAGCCAAGUUCACAUUUAUCGAGGACUUUCUGAGACUUGAUUGUUAUUGCAAUAUAUUUUACUAUCGAACCGAAUUCCUUUUCAGCACUUUGAAUCAUGCAAAGAAACGUUUUACAAGACCAUUUCUUUAUCACCAUCGGGCUCCAGUUGAGAAAUAUCCCUGGACCUUCAUGAGUACUAUGCUCAAAAGAUAUCGACGUCGGAUAACCCGACUUGGUGACUCUCUUCGAUCGCGGCAGCCAAAACCCGUCGAGAGGCCUGGAACUUGGACACAGGACGUGUCAGCUCUACGAGUAAAGGAAUUCCUACACAGGGAUGAGAUACAACAACACUGUUAUGUCAUUCAUCUUCUCAUGGGCGGAUAUCCUCACUUCGCCAAGUUGCAGAGUCUCACGGCAGAGGAGUUUGAACGUUACACACUUGAGGAAUUCUAUCGAGUUGUUAUAGCCGAGCCAAAGGGAGAGGAGUGGAUGACUCAAUGGAUUGGAAAUAAGGAUACAAGUUAA